CUUUUACGUAGAGUGUGUGUGGCAUCAACGCGAUAUGAAACCAGAAUCUAUCGUAAUCGUCAGCGGAAAGAAAGAGGACCAGACGAAAUUGCUAAAUGACUCUGAAAACAAGCAUGAUCCAGUAAUAUUAUUGGAUAUAAGUCCAUCAAAAAUGGCUUCGACAAAAAAACUAGCAAUCUGUGCCACUGGAAUUUUCGUUUGUUACUUUUACUAUGGGAUUCUACAGGAAAAAAUAACCAGAAGUACUUACGGCGAUGGAGAAAAAUUCACCUUUACACCGACUCUUGUUUUUAUACAAUGUAUUGUCAAUGCACUAUUUGCUAAAAUUAUGUUGCAUACCUUUAUGAAGCAAGGAGAAGAUAAUACAAAACAAAUCUAUUAUGCUGCUUGUGGAAUGUCAUAUUUAGGUGGCAUGGUUACUAGUAAUAUGGCAUUAGAACAUGUCAAUUAUCCAACUCAAGUUGUUGGCAAAUCAUGUAAACCUAUACCUGUGAUGAUUAUGGGUGUUCUGAUUGGUAAAAAGAAAUACACCCUUCAGAAGUAUCUCUUUGUGUUUAUGAUUGUUGUUGGUAUCUGCAUCUUCAUGUACAAAGACAAACCAUCAUCUGCUGAUGUUGCAGAGAGCUCGCUUUUAGGAAUAGGAGAAAUGUUGCUGAUUGCAUCUUUGAUAUUGGAUGGAUUUACAGGUGCUAUCCAAGAUAGGAUGAGAGCCGAAUAUCAACCAAAAUCAUGUCACAUGAUGUACAGCAUGAAUAUGUGGUCUGUUCUUAUACUAGGCAUAGUUGUUUUAGUGACCAGUGAAAUUUGGAGUUUUCUUGCAUUUGUGGAGAAAUAUCCUUACAUCAUUUUUAACAUGCUCAAUUUUUCAUUGAUGAGUGCUAUUGGUCAGAUAUUUCUAUUUCUGGUUGUAAGUGACUUUGGACCACUCGUUUGCUCCAUCAUAACUACCACCAGAAAGUUUUUCACAGUUUUAGGUUCUGUAUUUUUCUUUGGGAACACUUUAAUUGGUCGUCAGUGGCUCGGAACCCUCCUAGUCUUUGCAGGAUUGACAUUAGAUAGUCUGUAUGGGAAACAAGGUCCACCAAAGAAGGCUUAACUUUAUGCACUCCGAUACUUACAGGGAAGUUUUUUUUGUAAAAAAUUUUUAAAAAAAGAUAUAGAAUUACAAAUCUUUAUUUUACUGUGAUAUGAUUUGUAAUACAAACUAUAUUUAUUAUUGGAUCUGUGGAAGCUAAAAGAAAGCUAUCCCAUCUAAUAAGACUGUUGGCAAAACUUUAUUUAAAAAAAGAAAUCUUAUUUUCUGUAUUAAAAUUUAAGUUUUUAGAAAAUAUUUAUAAUAUUUAUUAGACCUGAUAUAAUUUUAUCGUGAUUGUAAUCAGGUAACUGUCAUCAGCUAAUGGACAAGUAUUUUAACAGGAUUUUGUUGCAUAUUUUACUAUUUCAAUAAGAAAAAGUCUGAAAAUGUAAUUAAACCAUGCAUUUAGAGAGAAAAACCUUCAAAUAUAAUAAAUUUCAUCUAUAUGUUACCUACAAACUCAAAUUAGUUUUAAUGUUUUUAAAAUAUCGCACGCCGGCAAGAAAAGUGAUACAAGUAAAAGAACAGCAUUUGAGAAAAAUAAACUUAAAUAAAACUAUAAAACUUAUUCUGAAAUAGCACAAUCUAGAGAUGACACUUUUUGAGCUUGAUGGGGCACUUCAUAACCUCAAAAUUGCCAUUUUUUGACUUGUGCCACUUUUCUUGCCAGGGUGUGAUUAAUUUUUGUGUAACAAAAACAUUAUUCAAAGAAUAUUUUUUUUCUUUUAAAGUUAUAUUUAAAGGUAUACUGCCAACAAGGAUAAGAAAAAAAAUCCAGAAAUUUUACGAAAUAAUAUAAAUUUAAUGAUAAUUGUUGCAUAAUGUACUAAAUAUUUUACACGUAUGGAAUUUAGAGAUUUUUAUAGUCAUGAAAAUAGGAAAGCUGCAAUAUUUUCCAGUUACGAUUGACAUCAAACAUAUUUGAAAUGUUAUGUAUUAUGUUUACUUUAAAUUUGAAUAUUAUUAGGCAGAAAAGAUUUUUUAAAUUAACUAAGAGAGUACUGAAAUAAAUUCUACAAAUGAGAUUCACUUUAUGUAUCAGUAAUACUUAUUUAAAUAUUCAAGCAAUAAUCAGGACAAAAAUUCUAUUUCAAUAGGGAAUUUUCUAAAAUGUUUAGAAACUGGCAAAAUCCAGUAGAGUUGGCAGUUGUGCACAUUGUAUAGCUAUAAUAAAAAAAAAAAAGGAAUCUUUUCUUCCAAACAUGAACACCUUGAAAUUCUUUGUGAAAUCUAAUUCAUAAAAUUCUCAUUGAUUUCGCACACAUUAAGAUUUUUGAUUACAAUCUUCAUAAUCAUUUUGUAUUUAUAUUUCAUAAUCAUAUUAUUUAUAUUCUUUCGUUUCCCAGUAAAUGAACUCUUGAAAUCUGUGAAUCUUUUCUAUAAAGCUUUUGAACUAACUUUUUUUAAAAUUAAUAUUAAAAAUAAUUUCUUUUUACUGGUAGUGUCUUUCAACAGUUUUGCAUAACUGUGAUAUGCACAAAUUUUGCAAAUCAGCCAUUAAAAAUAUAAUUUAUGUUUUAAGGAGAAGAACCAAUUAUGGUUUAAAUUAUAAUUUUUCUAGGAUAUGAAAUGAGCAUGUUAAAAAAAAAGUUAUCAAUUUAUUUCAAUACUGAAUUAAAUAUUUCUUACUAUAGUUUCUCUUGCAAAACAAAAUGUAACUUACAAUCAUAUUGUUAAUAAUUGAAAAGCUUGAUGGAAGAUGAUACACCUUAAAAAAAACUUAUUUCUUGUCCAAAGAUCUUAUUUAUUAUUUUGUCGACAAUAAGUUAACUAUCUAGUUAGCACGAGAACUCUUCCAGUGUUGGGUGAAUCAUUAGGAGGUUUGUGUUAUUUGUUAAAUUCUUCCCCAUAGAAACUAGUUAUACUUUAGUUUCCAUAAUUAAUGGUUAACACUUAACAGGGGUGAUUGUGAUACAAAUUGAAAAUUUUAUGCGUAAAAACUCUAUACAAUAUCAAUUUAUACACUAUUCAUAAUAUGGUUAAUCACGAUAUUGGAUGUUAAAAAUGCAAAAAUAUUAAUCUCGAUGUACGAUUUUUAAAUUAGGUAGAUAUUAAAAUUACGUGAAUAUGAAUCUCGAUAUUGGAGGUUCCGGCAUAGUGUCAAACAUUAAAAACUAUGAAAAUCCGACAAACCAAAAAUUAUAAUUGCAGAGGAGUCUAGUUUGAAAAAAUCUUGUUAAUGGGAAUCAGCGAAGGCUUCAAAAUAUAAAUUCUAGAUUGUAAACGAAUGAAGUUUUAAUUCUUACUUUAAAUUUGAAAUUGCAGUGAAAUUUUAGUCUGAUUAUAAGUUCAGAUUCGUGCAAAUCGGCAAAUCAGUGAUGCAGAACUCUACGAAAAAAUCACAUGCCUUGCUACUAGAUUCUAGACCUGGAUGGAUAAUACGAAAAACCCAAAAUACAAACACCCCCGACUUAAAUAUAUAAAAUUUGUUCGCACUGAUACGUGUACUUUCAUAUUAUUAAUAACUCAGAAAAGCUGUAGUAAUCCUCUGUAUAUUCAAAUAGCAAUAGGUUAAGAAGUUUUUUUCGAAUUAAUUUCUUCUUCCAAUUUAUUGCAGAUAUUUACAAGUAAUAUAAUUUCAUCAUUAUGAUUACAAUUAUUUUGUAACAAAUAAAUUUUAUGUUAAUUAAUACACAUUUUAUGUUGCAUUAUUGAUUCAAAAUGUUCCAUACAAUGCUUACAUAAAUCUACUUGGAGAAGUCAAGAUACAUUCCCUUUAAAAAUAAACCUUGUAUUGUUGACCAUAUUUUAAGAAAUGCUAUGCUAAUAAUAUCAAUACUCUUUUUUAAAAAAAUUGUUUAGAACUUUCACUUUUUGAAAUAGAUCGAGUUAUUAAAAAUUCUUCCUAAAUUUGCCCUGUUUACAACCUCAGAUUUUCAGUCCAAAAGAGCUCUUGUGAUGGGCUUGACAGUAGAAUGGUUCUCUGUUGUAAAAUAGAGAAACAAGAGUGGGUACGAAAGCAGUUAAAAUGAGUGGUUCGCAAGUUCACGAUUCAGAAAUCAAAUCAAACCAGAAAGAACACCAUUUACUCAAAUGAUCUUUAUCCAUUCAGCUUUUCAAUUGUAAUUAGAUUUAUGAGUAAUUGAAUACAUGUAAUUCAACUAUUUUGAAAUAUUGUUUCAUAACAGAUUUUAAUUGAAUAUAUAUUUAUAAUAAUAUUUUGAAUGUUCUUUGUUGUUACCAUUAAAUAUAUAUUUUUUCUUCAAAAUUUUUAAUCUGUUUCUUAAUGAUAAAAGUGUAUUAUAAAUGUACACAUUUGAUUUAGUGCAAAUAAUUUUUAUAUUUUAGUGCACAGACUUUUCAUUCGUUACUAACAGCAUCGAAUUGCUCAAUUUAUUUGAGAGCAUAUUCUUAAUUUAAUACGAAGUUUAAUUAUGUGAAAUUAUUCAGUUGUUCAUUGGUUGCAACCUAUUGAGGAACACAUUAAGGGAAUAUGCAUUUAUUGACGAUUUGUUCAAGGGGCAUUCCAUAUCAGUUAUUACAUAGCAAAUUUUUCUUAGAAUUUAUAUGGGUGUGAAAAGUUUUAUUUUUUAUGACGCUUUAUAGUUAGUUAUUAUAAUAAAUUUUUUUUAAAGCUUAUAUCAAGUUUUGAAAAAUUAUUGUAAAUUAAAAUUGACUUUUUAAAAGACAAUUUGAAGCUGUUUUCUUGGUGAAAUUCAAUAGUUAAGUUACAAAAGCAUUUUAAAGUUAAUGGGUUUGAUGUGGAAUAAACCCUUUAUACAAUGAGAUGUAAAGAUUAUCUUAUUAAACAUAUAUUCUUAAACAGUC